GUUCAUUGUUUACAUCCUUGUGGAAUAAUCAGUUGUCUUGCAUCGUACCGACAAUCUAUCUGUAUAUAGGCCUACUGUCCCGUCGGUAAAUAAUCAUCAGAUUGUUUAAAAAAUAGCAGUUGAGUUUAUAUGCUAUGGUAGUAACUAUAUAGAGACCUGGACGAAAACUGAGUAAUUUACUGGCUUCUUUGCUCAUCACUAUUUUUAGACAGGUACACAUAACCAAUGAUAACCUAAUUUCGUUUGACCAUAUAUGGCUAUUGGUUGCUUUACGGAGUAGUCAUAAUGCUUAUGUAUACUGGGUAUACCGUAGUUUGAAAAGCUUGAACUCACAGAACAAUAGCUACACUGUCUAACCUGUAUUAGCCGUUCUGAGCUGAACAAUAUACAGAAAUGGAUUUUGAUCCUGAAUCUCUGGAUGACGUGCCUCUACAUCAACAGGCGUCUCCUUCUGGCUCUCCUCCUUCACAUCAGGAGGUGUCUUCUUCCAGCCCCCCGCCUCCACAUCAGCAGGUGUCUCCCUCAAGCUCCCCACCUCCACAUCAGCAGGUGUCUCCCUCAAGCUCCCCACCUCCACAUCAGCAGGUUUCUGCAUCCCCACCCUUUAUCCCUCCAGCCCCUCCACCACCACCACCCCCACCCCCUCCAUUACCCACCCUCUUGCCACUUGAUAGCACUGCUGUAGGUAUAAAUGACAUCCGUGUUAGGGAAAGUGAGCCCAUCAAUGGAUCAGAUCUACUCUUGGAAGUUCCUAAUGAUGAGGAGGAUAUCUUCAAAGCUGUUCGAUAUGAUGAUCUAGAUAUGAUUGGAAGACUGGUGAGAGCUGGAGUUGACAUCAAUUCCAAACAUCCAGGCAUGCCCUGUACCGUGAGAUGUCGUGUGUUAGGGAGCCACAUCAGAAUGACUAGAUAUACCCCCUUACAUGUCGCAGUACUGCAGAGUCCAAUGAAGACUAUAUCCUUCCUAGUAGACCAGGGAGCUGACGUAAAUAGUUGUGAUGGAAACAACAGGGUGCCAUUACACUAUGCUGCAAAUGCUGGCAGGGCAGACGUUAUACUGUUCCUUGUACAGAAAGGUUCAAACUGCAAUAUACAGUCAGCCAGUAUGAAGACUCCUCUGAUGUAUGCAGUGAUAAAGGGGGACACAUUGUGUGUCAGCUUGCUGAUCAAGGCUGGUGCUGACCUCGAUAUUACAGAUGAGAAGGGUACAUCAGCACUCCAUCUGGCCAGCUUCACCAUGCCAGUCAAACAUUAUAUCGUACAGCUCUUACUGAAGGGUGGUGCUAAUGUUAACAUUGCCAACAAGAAGGGUGCCACACCUCUAAUGAUGUCGGUCACCACCAGAGAUCUCGCUCUUAUAGAAAUGUUGCUGGACGGAGGAGCGGAUGUUGAUAAAGUUGAUGCCAUGAGAAGGAGCCCAAUUCACUCUGUAGUAGAGCUUAGCUCUAGGGCUGUCCCUACCAUCACCAGGUUACUGAUCCAGAGAGGUGCUGAUAUAAACGCUGUAGACAAGAACGGAAACACACCGUUAUCCAAAUCGAUUCGGUUUGGUAGAAUGCAGACAAUACACAUGUUACUGUCAAUGGACUGUUAUCGUGAUAUGGACCUCCUUCGUGGCGAGAAAAUCACGGAUUUACGGGAGUCCUACUCGCACUUUAAUUUGUGGAUGGAAAAUGAACUAAACAUCCCAAGAUCUUUACUGCGGUCCUGCCGAUAUACCAUUAGAAAUAACCUACGACAAGGUCAUAUAACUGACCUUGAGAAACUGAUGAUACCCAGGACAUUGAAGAAUUAUCUUCAGUUUAAAUAAUCAUGUAAACGGAAGCUGGCACAUAAACAAGUAUGUGAUGGAUCUGGUAUCUAAAGGAGAAGUAUGCUCCUCUGUCUGAAUCGUAUUGUGUCACUCCUCUUUAUUUCCACAUCUGUCAUAUUAAUGUCUGAACUUAAAGCUUGGGUGUGUAAAGUGAUAUAAUGGCAGAUUUGUUGUAGCAAUAUCCUCAUUGUAUCGAAACGCAUCAUGUGCAAGAAGACUAGUAAUUUGCAUUUUUUACGCCACUAUCAGCAGAUGGCGGACUGUUCAAAUCGCCCUUCGUUCGUGGUCUGUUCGUUGUCCGUAAGUCGGACGUAUUCCGUACGUAAACAAUGCUUGUUACCACUAUUUCUAAGAUUUUCUUCCAAUUAAUAGUUGAAGUUUGUUACCGCUAUUCCCAAGAAAGUGAUUUAUAGAUCUUUCUCAUUUCACAUGUAGGUCCCCAUUGGUCCUUAGUUUUGCAUAGUUGAUAUUGAGAUUGAUUGACGAAAAAUGGGAACGAGAAAAAUGAGUACUAGAAGGAUUUGAUAUGUAGGGGUUCCUUGGUCUCUGGUUACGCACGUUCAUUCUUGAGACGGAUUGGAAAAAAUGACUAACAGGUGGCAAUCUUUGAUCUUGACAGAUCCUUAGUUUUGCAUAGUUGAUAUUGAGAUUGAUCGACGAAAAAUGGGAACGAGAAAAAUGAGUACUAGAAGGAUUUGAUAUGUAGAGGGUU